GGGAGAACUUGGGGCUCUGCUCUGCUAUAUGAAAUAUGGGAGACGACAGACCAUUUGUGUGCAAUGCCCCAGGCUGUGGACAGGACAGGAGCAGCUAACCAUCCGCAUCCUGCAUCCUCAGCCAGUUGCCAAGUAGCUGUGCAUAUGUUCCUGGAGCACCUUGUACACAGUGGGUAGGAGCUAUGACGGGCAAAAAAGACCCUGUUCUCCAGAUAUCAGGGAUCUGUUUUCUGAUUGUUACUUCUGAUCACAGAGGUAUAGACAAAGAGAGAUUUACAAAUGAGGACCACCUGGCAGUUCAUAAACACAAGCAUGAGAUGACAUUGAAAUUUGGCCCAGCCCGAACUGACUCGGUCAUCAUUGCAGAUCAGACUCCUACUCCAACUAGAUUCCUAAAGAACUGUGAGGAGGUGGGGCUCUUCAAUGAACUAGCUAACUCCUUUGAACAUGAAUUCAAGAAAGCUGCAGAUGAAGAUGAAAAAAAGGCUGCUGCUGGGCCCCUUGACAUGUCUCUGCCUUCCACACCAGACAUCAAAAUCAAAGAAGAGGAGCCAGUGGAGGUAGACUCAUCCCCGCCUGACAGCCCUGCCUCCAGCCCCUGCUCUCCGCCACUCAAAGACAAGGAAGUUGCCCCAAAGCCUAUGGUGAUCUCUACCCCAACGCCUACCAUCGUACGUCCUGGGUCCCUGCCUCUCCACGUGGGCUAUGAUUCACUUCACCCAACCCUUCCCUCCCCAACCUCUGUCAUCACACAGGCUCCACCAUCUAACAGGCAAUUGGGGUCUCCCACAGGCUCCCUCCCUCUCGUCAUGCAUCUUGCUAAUGGACAGACCAUGCCUGUGCUGCCAGGGCCUCCAGUACAGAUGCCUUCUGUUAUAUCGCUGGCCAGGCCUGUGUCUAUGGUGCCCAACAUUCCUGGUAUUCCUGGCCCACCAGUUAACAGCAGUGGUUCCAUUUCUCCCUCUGGCCACCCUAUGCCAUCAGAAGCCAAGAUGAGACUAAAGGCCACCCUAACCCACCAAGUCUCCUCAAUCAAUGGUGGUUGUGGAAUGGCGGUAGGUACUGCUAGCACCAUGGUAACGGCCCGUCCUGAGCAGAGCCAGAUCCUCAUCCAGCACCCUGAUGCCCCUUCCCCAGCCCAGCCACAGGUUUCACCAGCCCAGCCCACUCCUAGUACAGGAGGGCGCCGGCGGCGCACAGUGGAUGAAGAUCCAGAUGAGCGGCGGCAGCGUUUUCUGGAGCGCAACCGGGCUGCAGCCUCUCGCUGCCGUCAAAAGCGGAAGUUAUGGGUGUCCUCCCUAGAGAAGAAGGCAGAGGAACUCACUUCUCAGAACAUUCAGCUGAGUAAUGAAGUCACAUUACUACGUAAUGAGGUGGCUCAGUUGAAACAGCUACUGUUAGCUCAUAAAGACUGCCCGGUCACUGCGCUACAGAAGAAGACCCAAGGCUACUUAGAAAGCCCCAAGGAAAGCUCAGAGCCAACGGGUUCUCCAGCCCCUGUGAUUCAGCACAGCUCAGCAACAGCAUCUAGCAAUGGCCUCAGCGUUCGCUCUGCAGCUGAAGCUGUGGCCACCUCAGUCCUCACUCAGAUGGCCAGCCAAAGGACAGAACUGAGCAUGCCAAUACAGUCGCAUGUGAUUAUGACCCCACAGUCCCAGUCUGCGGGCAGAUGAUGCCUCCCCUGGUGGAGAGGUCCCCUGCCAGAGCUCGCCCGUCCAAGAGCCAAGAGCAAUGUCAUCUUAUUCCCUCCCAUCUGCCUUGGACAUGGCAGUACGGGGGAAAAUUUGUGUGUUGUGAGUAAUGGACAAAUGUGGGGCUUUUCUCUUCAGCCACAUGGUCAUGUACGUUGACACCUGUACUAGGAGCCUCCCAGCCCCAGAGCCACAUAUAUCAUCCCCCAAAGUGGGGGUUUCUGAUAUCCCCACAGCCAAAGGCCUUUCCAGAUGGUUCGAACAAUCACCCCUGCCCAUGCAUAUAUACCUGUCUCUUUUAACACUAACCCUUGCACUUCUAGGUUUCAGGUUUCUCAGUUCCUUCUCUUCCCACUAAACCAUGAAUGUUACCUUCUUGUUCCUUAACAGCAUGCCACUUCCUGCUUGGUAGAGGGAUUUAGAAUUAUUGGCAUAUCACCUGCUGACCCAUCCUCAGCUUUCACCCUAUGGAUUCAGGACCUUGUCUCCCAGUAGCUGCUUAUUUAUCCCUUUUCCUCCUUCCAAAAUUCUAGUCAAAAAUUCAUUUAGGGUGAAUGUAAGGUUACCUUUGAUAUAUGAAAUAGCAAUAUUUUCCAGUCCUUCCAUUAACUUUAGUCCUUUUCCCUACUUUCCAACAGAAAAACCAAAAAAAAAAAAAGAGUAGAAAGAAAGAAAACCUCAAGAAUUCUAGUCCUUUCUCAUCUACGUCCAGAGCUAUUUAGGUACCUCAUUUUGUCUCUUGAGUUUUCCCAGUCUAGUGGUGAGGUCUUUUCCACCUCCCACUAAGCCUUGGCAACCUCAUCUUGUGGCCUUAUUAGAUAUUGCUUGGUAGUGAAAAGGGGAAGAGCCUGUGAUCUGACUGGCUGACUCCUCCCCUCCCCACUCCAUCCUUCAGACUAAUCAUUGGGCAAGUAGGAACAAUGUAGUUUAAAGCUUGUUCCAUCAGAUUACUGGAUUGAUUCUUUAAUGUUUUUUAUAAGAGUUUACUGACCAAAGCAUACAUAUUCCUUUUGGUCACCUUUCCGCUCCUGCCUCUCCCUCUUCAUUCCCCUGCCCACAAUACUGUCUCUCCUCUUCCAUAAUUAAUUCAGAUGCAGCCCUCUGGAGGCUGUCAUGUAGGGGACUCUUAUGGUCUCUCACUCUUCCCCCAUCUGUCAGCCUCACACAUCUUUCUUUUCUGAGCUAGGGUCUUAUAUUCACAAAUGUCCCACACCCUCUGGAUCUACCUUCUGUCUUUCACCAGGUUCCUAGCCUAACCACUAGGUCUUUCUGGUUCUGCAGCAUUUCUUCAUCUCUUUUCUGCCCUCUGCCCCCUAGAUGCAGUGCUUCUCCAUAGUCUAAACCGCAGGACUCUGAGGCAUCAUAGCCAAGGUCCUGAGUGGGUUUUCUUGAGUAUAAGGUUGGAUAGGGGCAGGCUGGGAAGAGGGAGGUUAGUACUAAUCUCAGCAGAAGAGCCCUGCUUGUUGAAGGGUCUGGCCUGCUUGCGAUAUUGGUGCCUAUUGUUCUCAACCAUUCUUACUUUGAAGAGUUGGGCUACAGUGGGAGAAAUUCAUCCCUCUUGUCUCUCUUUCUUUCCCAUGAAGACUUCUCAUUUUCCUUUUGGCUCUGAUUUAUGCAAUUUCUACCAGGGCCAUAGGAAGCAAUCCAAAGCCAGGGUCCUGUGGAUAGAUAUGUUAGCUUUAAUAGCCCUUCAGUAUGAAACUCUUCCAGUUGUCCCAGAGCCACCUUCUGCCAUCUGCCGAAGCCAAGAAUGUCCUUUUCUCCAUCUCUCCUACCUCCAUCUUAAACAUACGCACAGAAUAACUCCCAGCUUCCUUUCUUAUUUUGUCUUCCAAAAUUGGCUGUCAUAUGGAAAUGAGGAAAUGUUUUAAGCUACAAGAUUCCCAUCUCCUCAGAGUGAUAAACCGGUGAGCCCAUUAGAUGACAUGUUCUUCUGCAUUUGUUUUUAAUUUCCCCUCCUGCUUUUCAGAGCCUGGUAAAGAGAAAGGAGAGAAAACAUGGUUUUCUCAUCCUCUGCCACCCGGGACUCAACAGGAACAGCCCCUCAGAUGACUCAGACUAGCAAAUGGCAUGGCAGAUGGUCAGGAUGCAGGUUACCACCUUCAGGGACUCCACUUGCCUUUAAAAAUUCACAGCCAUAACUUGUGCUCAGGACUUUUCCUUUAGAUGGCUGCUCCCUGGGCUUUUCUCCUGCUUUAGUUUUGUUUCGUUUUUUUAUUAUCUUGAUUCCCACUAGCAGCUUUGCCCUUGAGCUUGACUGAGUUUAUGGCUCCCAAGGAGCUUUCAUAGACCCUUCACUCUUUUUCUUCUUCCUUCAGUCAAGUGUUUUUCAAGUUAAGAAUCAGUUUGUCACUACACACAUGCCCUGCCUCACUGCUUUGCCUUGGAGGAGGUUUGAGCCCUGCCAGUCUGUCCCUGCAUAGGAUAGCUAAUUUAUAUAGAGGGUCCUCUUUAGUUUCUUAGCGCCUCCCCCUGUCUAAUUCUCUUGAGUCCUUGUUUUGUUUUCAUCAGUGGGAAGUUAGUAUUGGGGACCUAAAUGAGAGGCAUUGGCAGAACCUUAGUAAAGCAGCAGUGACAUGAGGAAGGGUCAGGGCAGAACCCUGCCAGGUAACUCUUUAGUUGGUCCUCAGUCUCACUAAGAAGGCAGAGCAAUUGCUUACCCUGAAUGCUCUCUUGUAGUCAAGGGGAACAUCACUGACCUUGUUAUUGCUGCCAGCCAUGUGGUUGCUCUCCCUUGCUUUUUUGCCUUCCAGACUUAUCUGGACCAAAACUAGAUAUCAUGGAGGAUGUCACUUAGCCCUUUUUAAAGGUCAUGGCCUUUCUAGGGACCUAAUGGAAGACACUUUCUGAAAGGAACUGGGAGUGUGGACCGUUGGGGCUCUUCCAAGUGAACACAGGACUGAAGUCUCUCACCUCACUCCAGAGACGCAGCUGCUAGAUACCCAAAGCCAUUGAGAAAGGAGCCAGAACCAGGCUUUCUAGUCUUCAGACUUUCUGCCUCAUUCUCUAAAAAGAAAGCUUGCUUAGAAUUGAAAAGUCUGAGAAAGCCUCCCCCAUUAUGAGGGGCCACUAAAAAGUGUAGGACCUCCUUUACUACUCUUUCCUUGUUGGUCGCAUACCCCAAAUCUAGCUUCCUUCAGCCUCCACCCCUCUUCUCCCUAAGCACUAGACCAUAUACUCUUGGUGGUAGUAAAAGAGAUGACCUAACUGAACCUCACCUCGUUGCCUUCCCUAUGCUUAUUGUGUUCUUGGCUCCUUUCCUGACUCAUUGCCCUCUAGCAUCACAUGUCCUGGUAGAUGGGGUGCUUAAUCAGAACCAUGCCCUGUCUACAGCCUGAACCACCAAGCAGACAUCAAGAUAUUCCUCCUCUGGUUUCUGAGGCUUCCUUGCUGCACACUGAGAGGCUCCUUUAAAGGUGCUAGCCCUGAGACAGCUCUCCCUCAGAAAAAGUUCUCCCUUUCUUUCAUAACUUCCUUCCCAUCCCCAAAUCAUUAUUUUUCAUUAAUAUUGUACCUUGUAUACACAGGAAGGAAAUGUAUUUUUUUUUUAAUUUCAUAACCCAUCGGUUUAGAAUCCAGUCGUCCUAGCUACAUCAUGUAUGCCUUUGUUGAUAUGCUUUCUGCUUUCUUUAGACUUUUGUUUGACGGGCAGAGGGAGGAACAAGACAGGUGAGGAUCUUCAACCCCCCACAACCCUAAUCAUCCCCUCAGAGUAUCUUUGUUUCUGUUUACAACACACAGAUGUGCACAGACACAAAUCCCCACCUCCCCCACCCCCCAGGGUGCUAACCUAGACUGAAUGAGUAUAGGUGGCUGUACCAGUCGUUUGUCUCUUUGGGGUAAAGUCUUGCCCCAGAAUGAGAAAAGGCUGGGGAAAGUAGGGAAGGUUAAGGCAGCUUAUGUCCUUUGUAAAUGCAGGUUUGUAUUGUAGCUGCUAGAGUUUUUGGUUUUUUGGUUUUUUAAUGGGGGCUGAUAGCACAGAGAUUUCUCACCAGCAUUAGUUGCUGGUGAGUGAUGUUUUUAGCUGUAAAAAAAUGGCUAUGAGUACUAGUUUCAUUGACUUUCUCUUAGGGCAGUGGUUCUCAGAACAUGGUCCAAGACCAGCAGCCACCAGCAUCUGGGACCUUGUUAGAAAUGCACAUUUGGGCCCCUCUGACUUACUGAAUUAGAAACUGUGGGGAUGGGCUCUAACAAGCACUCCAAAUGAUUCUAAUGCACACAAAAGUUUGAGAACCAUCACCUUAGGGGCAGAAGGGAAAUUCUUGUAGGGUGUCAAGAAUAUUUUAAGGAUCAUCUUUUGCCUUAGCACUAACAUUUUUCCAUAUCCUCCAGUCCCUUCUUCCACUCCCAUAAAAACAACCACCAUAUCACUCAUCUCAAAAUCUAGGUUUGUCUUUGUCCUAUUUAUCCCUAAAACCUGUCCUGCAUUGACCUGAGCAGACUGGUCACUCCAUGUUCUUUGUUACAGGAAAGAGCAGCUGGAGUUCUAGCUGUCGUGUUCGUGUUCGUUCUCUCUCUCUCUCUCUCUCUUUCUCUCUCUCUUACACACACACACACACACACACACACGUACAUUUCAGGCAGGGAGAUGAGCCUCCAGCCCCAACAGUGGAGGCUGCAGCCUCCUGACAGUAUCUGUUGAAAAGAAAACAGUGUGUAUCUAUGGUUUUAUCUCUGCUCAUUUGUAUAUCUUUGACAUGUAGCAAAACCUCUCCAUCUCAUCAAGGAACUCUGAUGUGGGUCUUCCCAGUCCCCAGUGGUAGACUUUGACAGGUGGGAGAGUACAGUGCUACAGGCUUUUUUGUUACAAAAUCAUCUUCUCCCUUUCCCCUCCAUCCAGUUCAGCAUGAUCCCUGUGAGCAGGCUCUCACAAUCUCCCGGGACAGGGCUGAGGCAGAGGCUUCGCUCUAUUCUCCCUAAUCAUCCCUUCUUCCUUCCUCCUUGCCACUUAGCAGUUAAUCCCCCAGCCAUGCCUUCUCCCUUUCUCCCUGCCCUGACAUAUAUUGUGCCUUAUUUAUGCUGCAAAUAUAACAUUAAACUAUCAAGAGAA